AAAUGACGAUGUUGCUGACGGCAGUGAUGACGAGGACGAUGGCGCUGCUGAUGACGAUGGCUGCUGAGGGGGUUCCUGCCGGAAAGGUUGAUAUUGCUGGCCAGAAGGCGACGCUCUUUCGUCGCGGUUUGGACCUUCCUCUGUCUCGCCAUCAUGCGGCCGUUGCUUGCUCAUCGCUACCAAAGAGAGGAGUCGCUAGUCUCUGUCCCACCACAGCGACUCUUGGUGAAUGAAGGAAGAGAUAGGUGAUCAACGUCCGUCUCCAAUUCGUUUCUCCCCCUCCUCCUCGUCCUCCUCCUCUUCUUCGUCCCUCGUCCGCCUAAUGAGAGUAGGUGCGAUUCUCCCUUUUCGGCCUCUUCUCGGCUUGACCUUGUUGUUACGACUAUUGUUUUCCUACACCAGCUUUGGCCUCACUCGUUGUCGCGCGCGGGCGGAUGAGUCUCGCCGGAGGGCCUGCGGACAACAAAUUGGCAGGUCAGCGCUGUCUACUGACGAAGAGGACAGAGGGAAAACUUUGAGAACCGAUGGCUGUGCUUUGCGCCCGCGGCCAACGGAGGUCGGCGUGGUGCUGAGCCCGAAUCACUCGUCCACUAACUUGUCCUCCGCAAACUGUCAAAGCCACUGUUGCGACUUGUGUAGGUGCUCACCUGAGGAUUUGUGAAUCCCUCGUUGCUCAAGAAAUUGUUUAUACCGAUCUUGGUGCAACCUUUGCUUCUUCAGAUGAGCUUGAACGGCUGAAGCGGCCGAUCGGAGCUUGGAAGGUACUAUGCUUUAGGACGGCGGUGGCGGCCAAAAUAAAGCAAUUGAUGAAGCUGGUCCGUCUUGAUGUUGGAGAGACA